CUUCACGACACCCCAGCCCAGAGGAAGAAGCACAUUAAUCCUAGCAACUCCAGGGCAUAGGGAAACCUGAGAACUCUACAUUUGUGGGGAAAACCAGGGAUCUUUUCUCAGCAGCCUCCACAAAAUACAAUUUUCAGGAUUAUUUGCAAGGAACUACAAACAGUACAAUACUGAUACAAGGGUGAGGUGUUGGUAAUGGAUUCCCUCUCAAUAGCCAAUGGGAAUUUUAUUCUGGAGCUUUUCAAGAAGCUGAAUCAGUCAUCACAAAGCAAAAAUAUUUUCUGUUCUCCUUGGAGUAUCUCAUCUACUCUUGCCAUGAUCUAUCUGGGGGCAAGAAAUAAUACUGCAACCCAGAUGGCCGAGGUGCUUCAUUUCAACCCAACAAAUGGAACUGAAAAUUUUUCACAGGAGCCGGACCUUAGCCAAGAUGAAACCCUCCACAGGGCGUUCCGGGAACGGAUCUCAGAAAUCAACCAACCCAGUAGCACUUACUUGCUUAAAAUUGCCAGUAGGCUCUAUGGAGAAAAAACAUUUCCGUUUAUUAAUGAAUAUCUGCAGCAUGCUAAGACAUAUUAUCACGCAGAGCCACAAUCAGUUGAUUUUUUAAGUUCUGCAGAACGAGUCAGAGAUCAGAUCAACUCAUGGGUCGAAGGACAAACUAAAAACAAAAUCAAGAAUCUGUUGCCUAAAGGUGCUGUUGAUCCUCAGACUGUAUUGGUCUUAGUAAAUGCCAUUUACUUCAAAGGAAGGUGGGAGAAAAAGUUUCCAAAAGAAAACACCAUGGAGAAGCCCUUCAGACUGAAUAAGAUCCAGUCAAAGCCUGUACAAAUGAUGAUGGUAAAGAAUAAGUUUCCAGCAUUCUAUGUUGACACACUACAGGUCUUUAUUGUAGAACUUCCAUAUGUUAACAAUGACCUCAGCAUGCUCAUCCUUCUUCCAGAGGAUAUAAGAGAUGAGACUACUGGUCUGGAGCUGCUGGAAAAAGAACUAACUUAUGAGAGAUUAUCAAUAUGGACCAGUCCAGAAAUGAUGGAAGAACUAGAAGUGGAGAUUCACUUACCCAGAAUCAAACUGGAAGAGAGUUACAAGCUCAAGUCUACCCUGAGCAAAAUGGGAAUGAAGGAUGCCUUUGAUCCCAACCAAGCAGAUUUCUCAGGAAUGUCAAUCAAAAAUGGCUUGGUUUUGUCUGAAGUAUUUCACCAGUCCUUUAUAGAGGUCAAUGAAAAGGGUACGGAAGCAGCCGCUGCUACUGCAGCACCUGUUGAAUUUAGGUCAUCUUUACGGGCUGUCCAGGUCAAAGCAGACCAUCCCUUCCUUUUCUUCAUCAGGCACAACCAAACAAAAAGCAUUCUCUUCUUUGGCCGGUUUUGUUCUCCCUAGGAUUUUUUUAGUUUCUCCAGUUUUACUCAGUGACUCUUGUGAAGUUGAAAUCUGAAAUGCACUUAGCCAGGAAAACUCAUUGAAAUCAGCAGAGCUGAUGUUGGAGCAAAAAUGCUUAGGAGCAGGUUGAAGAUAUUACAAGCACUAAAUCUAGGCCAAAUGUUUUUAAGGCAUUACAGUCUGCAUACUAUCCUGCAGCAGCCCACCGAACUCCUGUGCUCCUUCUCUACACCGGGGUUUCUCAACCUUGGCAACUUUAAGAUGUGUGGACUUCAAC